AUGAAAAAGAAAUUGAGUUUAUCUUCAAAACCUUUAUCUUAUAUCUAAUUAGAUGAUAAUGGAAGAAAUUCUUAUUGUAAAAGUCAUUGUUUAAAAUAUGAAUAAUUUGAGUAUAGAAAUGAGAGAAUUUAUGUAUGUUGUAAUUAAAAGGAAUGUAAUUAAGAUAAUGAACCAUUAAGUAAUACUGAAAUUAUAAUGCUAUUAAAAUAAAUAUUGUCCGAAACAAUUUCAGAUGAAUUUAAAUAAUAAUAAAAAUAGAAGAUAAAUAAUCAUAGAGAAGAUUUAAAUAAGUCUAUUGAAUUGUAUUGUGAUAGAGCUAUUCAAAUUUUAGAUAAGAAUUGUGAAUAAUAAAAUCAAAUCAAUUAAUAAAUUAAAUUUAUUUUAGAAAAUCUCUAAAAUGAAAAUAUCCAUUAAUUAGCAUAUGAAAUAUUGAAAUAAUAAGAAUUAGAUUGUGUAAAUGUUAAAAUAGGAAUUAUAACUACAUUAACUUAAAAAUUUUAUAGAACUCUAAGUAAAUGUGAAAAUACUUUAAAUUGUAUUAAUUCCCUUAUUUAAAAUGAUCAGAUUAAUGUUAAUAAUGAUUACAAUAUUUAAAAAAACUAAUUUGAUUAUGUUAAAAUUAAAACUAUGUAAUUUUAAAGACAACAUGAAAUAAGUAUCAAAUAUAAUAAAUAAAAUAUAAAGAGAAUAUAUUAGGACAUAAAGAAUGAAUAAAUUAUAGUUAUAUCUACUGGAUAAGAAUUAAACAAUUAAAUUAAAAUAAUUAAACCAAGUUAAUAUAGUUUAUUUGGACAAUUUGAUUAAUUAAAAAAUAGUAUUCCAGCAGAAUUCUUUAGUAUAAGUCCUAAUGGUCAUUUUUAUGCUUGGGGUAGUAAUACAAGGAUUUAAAUUUAUUAAUUGUAAACUAAAACAUACAAAUAAAUAAAUUGUAAUUCAGCUUUAGAUUCAAUUGCAUUCAAUAUUAUUAAUGAUUUUGUAAUUAGUACUUAAGAUUAAAAAAUCAAUUUUUGGAGUUUAAAUAAUAAUAAUUGGGAAUUUAAUAGUUCCUUCAAUAUGUUACCAGAAAGAUUAAAUGAUCUAAUAUUUAUAGAGGAUGGAAGAAUAUUAAUUUGUAAAUCAAGUUCUAAAUUGACAUUUUUAAUUAAGGAAAAUAACAAUUGGAUAAUUUAUUAAUAAAUACAUUAAGGUUUCACAACAACAUUAUGGAGUUAAAUAAAUUAGAUGAUUAUAACUACUAAUUAGAAGGCUUAGAUUUAAAUAUGGUAAAGAAAUAAAAAAGGUUUAUUUUAAUUGAUUAUAACAGAAUGGGAUCCAGAAAACAAUAUAAAAGAUUAUGAAAUUAAUCCUUUAUAAAUAAAUAAUGAUGGUUCAUUAUUGGCUUAAUGUCAAAAUAAUAAAUUAAAGAUUUGGUCAAUUUUAGAAGAUGGAAGAAUGUAAUUAAUUUUUGAAUAAGAAAUGGAUGAAAAGUAUAUUAUUAUAACAAAUGAUUUUACAAAUUUAUUAGCCUAAAAUGAAAAGUCGUUAAUAUGGUAUCAAUUAAUAAAUGAUGAUUAAUGA